CUAAAUUAGUGCGUUAGGCAGAUUCCGAUUCAACACAAGCAGCCUAUGAUCCUGAGGAGAUACCUCUCAACAAUAGACAACGUUGAUUCUUGCGUCUUGGUAGUUGUACCGUGCCCCGCAGGCCCAACAUGCCAUCACUACCCCUCAAAGUUCAGAUCGGCAUCCGAGAUGAGUGGACGAACGCAGACAGCCCCGUGCAAGAGUCGCUGAGCGCGCUCAGCGAGCUACUCGGGCAUUCCGUCGUCAUCGAGCCGGAGUGGCAGCUCCUGCUGGCGGAACUAGGUGACCUGUACGCCGACAAGGGGAACUUCGUCGCCGUCGUGGCCGGGUGCAUCCGGGUGUGGAUCGCGAGCCUGUCGGAGCUGCUGGGCGACUCUGCCCACGAGGACUGGACCGACACCCUGCUUGAGCGGACGGCGGCUGCCGGUUCGCAUUUGCGUGUUUUUGUUGAGGUCUCUUCCAACGACAAGGCCUCGACGUCCUGGUCUGACAGACGCGGGGCAUUUGUCGUCCAGCUGCCCAAGGCCCAGGUGUACCAGCCGGCCGAGCUGUUCCCCGUCUUCCGCGGCGGCCUGCUGGCUGGUUUCCAGCCGGAGGAGAAGCGAGGCAUCCCGGACCGGACCACCGCCGACGACUGGGCCGACGUGGAGGUAGACGGGGCGACGGGUCAGGCUGAGGUGGUGGGCAGGCACCAGCCGGCGGCAGCGGCAUCCACGGACCUACCGGCAGCGAGGGUCGCCUUCCUCCCCAGCGCGGCUUCGCUUCCCCGGCCGGACGAGCUGCUUCUCAGGCCGCCGUACCACCUCGUCGUGCACGCGGGCCAGAAGGACGUCGAGAUCCACGGCAGCCACAGCCCGUCGCUGAAGCUGCUGGCCGAUUACCUGAGGCGGUGGUGCCGGGUCAACCACCACGACUCCAGAGCGCCUCCGGGAGUCGAUGUGAAGCUGCACCAGUCGGCGUUUGGGCUGGGCGAGAUGUUCGACCGCCUGGUGCUCAGCACGCGCGAUACUCGGUAUACGGACGAGUUCGGCGUCACGGCGCCGAUGGUGGUGUCGUUGAUCGAGGGCGUUUUGGGCUACGACUGUGUCUCGGCUCGUCCCAACACGUGGAGUUUCAGGAGGGAUGCGGCGUUCAAGAGCCUUUAGCAUGGAAAAUGGCCAUGAGGUUCUGGCGAAGUGGGGAUAUUGAGGAAGGGGGUUGGGGGAUGGAAUUGUCCUUUGCAUUGGUCGCUACCUGCCAGCCUCCACGUGUUUUCCCAGUUAUGCCCCUUUCCAACCUUGCCUGUCAAGCUACUGCCUUUCGUGGGGCCCGAGCCACGGCAGGAUCUCCGAGUAUCAAGAGGGUGGCUCAUGUAUUUGCGAAAUAUGUCCGUGAGAGCAGUUCCCCAUCACCUCCGCCCCCGUUCCUCCCCAGAAAUGUUAAAUUCCC